AUGUAUUACUUGUAUUUGGUCACGGUUUUACUUAGUGUUUUAAGUUGUAUUCCCUUUGGGGCUUCUGUUGAUCAUGCCGCAUUUAAAACUUGUCAGCAGAGCAGUUUUUGCAGACGAUGUCGAAAAGAUCAAGAAGGAACCUCAAAAUUUGCUGUUGUUUCGGGUUCAUUUAUAAGUUAUUCAGAUUUUGUAACCUUUGAAAUCUAUAACAAGGAUAAAAGUCGUGUAUCGUUAGUUGCAAAAUUGGAAGUUUUGGAGGGAAACACAUUUCAUAUGACAAUCAAUGAAAAAAAUCCACUCAAACCCCGGUACAUUGUAACUGAAUCCCUCAAAUCAAUGCCCAGAAUUGCAUCAAAUACGCCUUCAGUUGAACAAAAUGAUCAAACCAUAACUCUCAGUUCUGGUACAAGUAAAGCUAUCAUCCAAAAGGAUCCUUUAAAAAUCGAUUUCUAUCAAAAUGAUGUUCUUUCGGUGUCUAUGAAUGGCAAAGGAUUGAUGCGUUUUGAAUAUCUUCAAGACAAAUCACAAGCUGAACCACUAGAAGAUCCUGACUCAUGGGAAGAAGAAUUCAAUUCACAUCGUGACUCGAAACCAAAUGGGCCCGAAGCAAUUGCUAUGGAUUUUACAUUCCCCGAAGCUGAAGUAUUAUUUGGAAUUCCCGAACAUGCUGAUUCGUUCGCUUUGAAACAAACUCAAGGCACUGAUCCAUACCGUUUGUAUAAUUUGGAUACGGGAUAUUAUGAAACUGACAGUAAAAUGGGAUUGUAUGGAUCAGUUCCGGUCAUUUAUGGUCAUGGGCCUCAAAGAUCAGCUGGAGUUUUUUGGCACAAUUCAGCAGAGACAUGGGUUGAUAUUACAGGAACUAGCAAACCAAAUCCCCCUACAGCACGUUUCAUGUCUGAAAGCGGCAUCAUUGAUGUCUUCAUUCUCCUUGGACCAUCACCCCUCGAUACUUUCAAGCAAUAUUCUGAUCUAACCGGUACAGCAGGACUACCACAAUUCUUUACUCUAGGUUACCACCAGUGCCGUUGGAACUAUGACAAUGAAACUGAUGUCAAAACUGUUGCAGCACAAUUUGACAAUUAUGACAUUCCAAUGGAUACCAUGUGGUUGGACAUUGAAUAUACCGAUGCGAAAAAAUACUUUACUUGGGAUCCCGUCAAUUUCAGUCAUCCACUAGAAAUGAUUAAGAAUUUGACAGAUUCAGGACGUCAUUUGACAAUUAUUAUAGAUCCACAUUACAAACGAGAAACUACUUAUUUCUUCCAUAAUUACUGUACAGAUAACAAGUACUAUACAAAGUUUGCAAAUGGCAGUGAUUUUAUUGGUCAAUGUUGGCCUGGUACCUCGAGUUAUCCGGAUUUCUUUAAUCCAGCAGUUCGGGCUUAUUAUUCCAGUCAAUUUAAGUUGAGUAAUUUUCGAACUUCAACUGCAGAUGUAAUGAUUUGGAAUGAUAUGAAUGAACCAUCGGUGUUUGAUGGUCCUGAAAUGACAAUGUUAAAAGACAAUAUUCACUUUGGUGGUUGGGAACAUAGAGAUGUACACAAUAUAUUUGGUCAUCAUCAAUUGAUGGGUACUUUUGCUGGUCUGCUUCAGCGGGAUUCGAAUCAGAGACCAUUUAUUUUGACACGAUCACAUUUUGCUGGCUCCCAAAGGUAUGCAAUAAUUUGGACUGGUGACAAUACAGCCGAUUGGUCUUACUUGCAACACUCCAUCAAGAUGUGUUUGUCCGAAGCUGUUGCAGGGUUUUCAUUUUGUGGAGCAGAUGUUGGAGGUUUUUUCAAUGAUCCAGAGAUUGAGCUGGUAGAACGUUGGUAUCAAGCUGCUUCGUUUAUUCCUUUCUACAGAGCUCAUGCAAAUAUGGGUACCAAGCGGAGGGAACCAUGGCUAUUCCCAGAAAAAACUACUUCUUUGAUACGAGAAGCAAUCCGAAGGCGAUAUACUUAUCUUCCAAUGUGGUAUACUAUGUUCUAUGAGCACGAAAAGUUUGGUUAUCCAGUUAUGAGACCUCUUCUUGCUCACUACCCUAAAGACUCUAAUAGCUUUAAUAUUGAUUUUGAAUACCUUCUUCAUGAUCAUUUGCUGGUCCGGCCAGUAAUGGAGCGGGCUGUUACAAGUGUUAAUGUAUAUUUCCCGUCAAAAGAUGGCGGAAAUAGUGGAGAUCGAUGGUUUGACAUCCAUAACUUUGAAAUGUUUGAUAAAGUUGGAAAUCAAUCAAUCCCGGUUGAUGAUCAAAAACUCCCUGUUUAUCAACGUGGAGGCUCAAUUAUCCCAAAGAAGGAAACUCUACGACGAACAGCUCUUUUGAUGAAAGAUGAUCCCUUCACAUUGGUUGUUUGUUUGAACAAAAAUGGUUAUGCUAAUGGAACUGUUUAUAUUGAUGAUGAGAAAUCCUAUGAUUAUCGACAUGGAAAAUUCAUUUAUGCACGAUUUGAAUUUAGUGGAAAUACUUUGAAGAAUUCAUUUAUUUCAAAACCAGAUUAUAAGACAGGAUCAAAUUUGAAUCGGGUUAUUAUUGCUGGGUUAGAACAUUUUCCGAAAUCAGCAACCCUGUAUGUGGAUAAUAAGGCUCAGUUACUAACGGUUACACCUUAUCUAAAAGCUAUAUCUAUUGAUAAGGCUGGUGUCAAUAUGGCUAAAGAGUUUUCAAUAGUUCUUAAUUCAGCUUCAAUAACAUCCCCAAUAGCUUUGAAAUUUGUAUUUUUGUUCUUACUAGCUAAGUGGGUAUGGAAAAUGUUUUCAUAGAUUUUUAGUAGAAAUUGAUAUUAACUUGUUUAAUUUCACAACAAAUACUAUCCGCUAUUUAUUGCACUUAUAAAAUAAUGUUUAACUAGAUAAUUUUAUGAAUCACAUCAAGUAGUAAAAACAUGUAUUCAAUUUUUAAAAAUGUAAUUAAGUUUGAAGUACUGGGAGCACUUUAAGUUACUUUAUCAAAAAAUAAAUUGAUAAACCUUUUUCCCAUGAGAUUGUUUUGACUACAUACUUGUCAAAUAAAAAUUGCAGAAAAGAG